AUGGAGGUUGUUGACGGACAAGGCUCUGAUGCGGCUAGAUUGGAAGCAGCUUCUGUGAAAGACUUCCACAUUACUGUGAAUGUCCAUAAGCAGGGUGCACCUUUAAGACCGAUUGUCUGUAUGAUCAACUCUGUCACCUAUAACAUCUCCAAGUUUCUGGCUUCGAUCCUCAACCCGCUGGUGGGCAGCUCUGAGCACCACGUCCAGAACACCCUGGAUUUUGUUGAGAAGAUGAGAAGUUUAGCUGAGGACAGAAAAGGGUUUCCAGGAAUCAGCAGUAUGUCCAUGAAGAGCGACAAUUCUCAAGAUUAUCCUCCAGUCUUCAGUCAUGAACCUGGAUCCCCAGGCAAGAAAUGUCAGCAGCACAAAAACAGAGCAGAGUGUCCAGGAUCCAGCUUCAUGUCUAUGAAGAGUGACAACUCUAGAGAUUAUCCCCCAGUCUUCAACCGUAAACCUGGACCCUCAGUUACACAACGUCAGCAGCACAAUUAUACGGCAGUGUUUCCAGGAUCAAGCUCCAUGUCCCUGAACAGUGCCAACUCUCAAGAUUAUCCUCCAGCCUUCAGUCAUGAACCUGGACCCUCAGGCACAAAACGUCAACAACACAAACACAGAGCAUCGUUUCCAGGAUCCAGCUCCAUGUCCAUGAACAGUGACAAUUCUCGGGAUUAUCCUCCAGUCUUCAGUCAUGAACCUGGAUCCUCAGUCACAAAAUGUAGAACCAGAGCUGGUCUGGAGAAAGCCAGGCUGCAGAAAGUUUCCGAUGCACUAAAGGUCACUCUGAGGAGGAGAUGUGAACGUGUAACUGAAGGACCUGAUAAAACAGGAAGUGGAACCCUCCUCAACAGGAUCUAUACUGAGCUCUACAUCAUAGAGGGACAGAACGAAGAGUUUGAUACCCAACAUGAGGUGAGGCAGGUGGAGAACGCUUCCAAGACGAAGACCCUCCAUGAAACACCAAUCAGCUGCCAGGACAUCUUUAAAACCUUACCUGACCAGCAGAGACCCAUCAGAGUGGUUCUGACAUAUGGUGUUGCUGGCAUUGGAAAAACCUUCUUGGUGCAGAAGUUCACUCUGGACUGGGCAGAGGGCUUAGAAAACCAACACAUAAGUGCGGUGGUUCUGCUUUCAUUCAGGGAGCUGAACUUGGUCAGAGAUGAGCAGUACAGUCUCCUGGAGCUGAUCCAUGUUUUCUAUCCAACAUUACAGAGCGUCACAGCAGAGCAGCUCACUGUGUGUAAUCUUUUGUUCAUCUUUGACGGCCUGGAUGAAAGCAGACUUUUGUUGGAUUUCACCAACAGGAAGCUUGUGUCUGAUGUCACACAGAAGUCAUCAGUCAGCGAGCUGCUGACAAAUCUCAUUGAGGGGAAUCUGCUUCCCUCGGCUCUCAUCUGGAUAACUUCCCGACCCGCAGCAGCCAAUCAGAUCCCUCCUAAAUGUGUUGACAGGAUGACAGAAGUUCGAGGCUUCACUGACGCUCAGAAGGAGGAGUACUUCAGAAGAAGAUUCAGAAAUAUAGAGCUGUCAAGCAGAAUCAUCUCCCACUUGAAGACAUCCAGGAGCCUUUACAUUAUGUGUGGGAUCCCAGUUUACUGCUGGAUCACUGCUACAGUUCUGGAGCACAUGUUGACUACAGAGGAGAGAGCAGAGCUGCCCAAGACCCUGACUGACAUGUACUCACACUUCCUGCUGGUUCAGAUAAAGAAAAAGCACAAGUACCACGAGGGGCAAGAGAUGAAUCAGCAAGAGUUCACCAGAACUGACAGAGACAUUCUUCUGAAGCUGGGGAGGCUAGCAUUUGAACAUCUGCAGAGAAAGAACAUCCUGUUCUACCAAGAAGACUUGGAGCAGUGUGGUCUGGAUGUCACAGAGGCCUCAGUGUACUCAGGAGUUUGUACAGAGAUCUUCAAAAGAGAGUCUGUGAUCUUCCAGAAACCAGUUUACUGCUUUGUUCAUCUGAGCAUUCAGGAGUUUCUGGCUGCAGUCUACAUGUUCCACUGUUACACCAACAGGAAGACAAAGGUGCUGGAGGACUUCUUUACUGCGGAUGAUAAAGGAAAUAACAUAUCUCUGGAAGAUUUUCUGAGAGGAGCCAUGGAGAAAUCCUUGCUUCUUGGGAAUAGCCACCUGGAACUGUUUGUUCGUUUCCUCCAUGGCCUCUCUAUGAAGUCCAACCAGAGACUCUUAGGAAGUCUGCUGGGUCAGACAGAGAGCAGUCCAGAAAUCAUCCAGAGAGUCAUCAAUAACCUGAAGGAGAUUCGCAGUAAUGAUAAGUGUCCUGACAGCUGCCUAAACAUUUUCCACUGUCUCAUGGAGAUGAAGGACCUCUCAGUACAUCAGGAAAUCCAAGCGUUCCUGAAGUCACAGAACAAAUCAAAGAAGGAACUCUCUGGAAUCGAGUGCUCAGCUCUGGCAUAUAUGUUGCUCAUGUCAGAGGAGGUUAUGGAUGUGUUGGAUCUGGAAAAGUACAACACAUCACUGGAAGGACGACAGAGACUGCUACCAGCUGUGAAGAACUGCAGAAAGGCUCGACUUCAUGAUGUCUUGAUCUCAGAGAAGCUCUGUAACACUCUGACCUCAGCUCUGAAGUCCAGCCCCUCCUAUCUCACAGAGCUGCACCUGAGUUCAAUCAACCUGCAGGAUUCAGCAGAGACACUGUUUGCUUGUCUGGGGCAUCCAAACUGUAGACUGGAGACACUCAGAUUUGAGAAUUGCAGUUUGUCAGAGGAAAACUGUGCUGCUCUGGUCAGUGCUCUGAACUCCAACCCCCCUUAUCUAAAACACGUGGAUAUAAUAGGAAACAACCUGCAGGAUUCAGGAAUGAAACAACUGUGUGAUUACCUGGAGAGCCCACACUGUAGACUGGAGACUUUAAGACUUCAUGAUGUUCGGCUCUCAGAGGCGUACUGUUACACUGUGACCUCAGCUCUGACGUCUAACCCCUCCCAUCUGAGAGAGCUGCACCUGAGUUCAAUCAACCUGGAGGAUUCAGCAGAUACAGUGUUUGCUAGUCUGGGGAAUCCAAACUGCAGACUGGAAACACUCAGAUUUGAGAAUUGCAGUUUGUCAGAUAUCAGCUGUGCUGCUCUGAUCAAUGCUCUGAGGUCCAACCCCCCGUAUUUAAACCAUGUGGAUCUGGUAGGACGAAACCUACAGGAUUCAGGAAUGAAACAGCUGUGUGAUUACCUGGAGAGCCCACACUGUAGUCUGGAGACUUUAAGCUCCACCCUGUGGAAUGAUGACAAACUUCAGUUGAUGCCCACUGAAACUGCAACAGACGAUUAG